AUGUGGCUCCGACCUCAACCAAAUAUGCAACAUCCCGCACGAUUCCGCCCCCAACAAUACAACUCUCCAGAUCUAGUACGACGUCCAGACACGGCCGAGCCUACUUCUCGGGCCCUCUACUUUGUCUCUCCUUGCAAUGUGCAACGACGUUCGACCAAAUCUGCGGAUCCUGCAUUGCGUAACUAUUAUCCGUAUUGCUUUAGUCAAUUGGUAUGCAUGUUCCCUACGUUACACGGCACUGUUCUGGAAGAAGAACGCUCGAAUCGUGGAGGGGAUUUGAUCGGAUCUGAAAGAGAUGUCAAGGCUGCGGGCCGGCAGUGCAGUGUUACACGCGAGAUAUCGGCAAUCGAAAUCUCUGCACCUGUACCACUAAAGGUUGAGAAAAUGUGGAGAGCCCAAACGUUCGUUUUCCGAUGUCACAAAGGCUCGGCCCGAGUUCUCACGCCAGCCUCAAAUGCCAGUCAUGGCCAUGCUGGUGCCGACUCGGGCUUAAUCUUUCGGGUGACUUUGGUGGUACACAAUCUUCCCGAUCACAGUAACCUGGAUGCUUGA